UUGAUAGACGAGCCAAGCCCUUCACAACCACCCUACACUUCCACUCCCCCUUCUGACCUCCAAAAAAGGCCUGUGAGAGCCACCCAGCUAAGAAUAACCCGUCAGGGGGUAAAGUUACCUCGAUGUGGUGCUGCGUGCUUUUUCUUGACCCUCUCUUUUACCCCACUGUGGACCCAAACUCCCCUCCCUCACCUGCCUCGGCAAUGCCGCCACACUGGCAGCUCCACAGCCACCCGUGAACUUCACCUUUUAAAUUGCUCCUUUAUUAGCCCGAAGAAGACAAAGAAGAAGAAGUGGUCAGCUAUGGAAUGACUGGACAUUUACUGGAUUUACUGUCAUUUUCCUACCGCCUUUGAGUCAACACCAAAAGGAUUCCAACUGAAAUAGUGGAUUCGUCAACAUGGCUGACGGGGCCAAAACAUUUGUUUUUGCUACUGUAAAGGGGCCAAAACCACAUCGGCCUCCGGGUGCGAUGGAGCCCCAGCUGGCUCUGUGAAAAGCAAAGCGUGUGUUGUGCUGAACAAGCUGCGAGUCUCUGUGGAGCUGCUCAUCGCUCUUGCUGCUCUCUUGUCCUGGCUGGUGGUGGGUGUGGUCAUGUUUGACUUUGUGGAGUACAAGGCAGUACCUGACAUUCAGCACAUCAUGUCAGACCCGGUCCAAGCCAUGCACGACGCCGUGGAGGAGGUGUCCAAUCUGGUCAACAAGUUCCAAGAAUGUGCCCCCGACCUAAGUGACCCCAUGUCUGCAGCUGCCUAUGCAGUGGAGGAAAUAGCAGAGGCAAAAGAUGGAUUUGUGCAAUAUUUAUCAGACGAUGAGGGAAACUUCUACCUGAGCUAUGUAGACCCAGUGGUCUUUGGUAGAAGACUCUUCCAUUCAGCCGACGAAUGCGUGUGCGGAGUAGUGGCGUCUGCCAGGGACACACUGUGUGCUGCCGUGGAUGCUACGUUGGACACUAUAUCCUACAUAAACACAGGACGAAUAGACUUGAGCUUCAUGGAUCCAGUGCUGAUAGGCCGAGACGUCUUCUCCUCCAUCAAUGACUUUGUGUGUGGUCUGAUGGCCUCCAUCCAGCAGUUCCUCUGCCGAAUCUUGGACUCCCUUCUAGAUCUCAUUAAAGGAAUUGUUGACAUCAGCAUUUUGGACCCUAUGGCGUUUGGUAGGAACGUCAUCAGCGUUACAAACACCACCGUCACUAAACUAACAGACAGCAUCCAGGAAGUGAUGGACACCUGUAUAGACAGCCUUAAGAAUACUGUCAAAGGAACUACUGACUUGAACUUCAUUGACCCAGUGGUGAUGGGCAGGAAAGUCUUCAAUGUCAUUAACAAACUAGUGAGUGGAACAGCAGCAAAUCUUCAGGAUCUCUUAUGUUCCAUUGUUGAUGUUAUCCUGGAUGCGCUUAAAGACAUCCAGGAAGUUGUCGCAUUCAGUCCAUCUGCGGUGCUAAAGAGGACUGGCGAAAUCAUUGCAGAGCAGUACCAAAUGCUGGUCGGCGCCAUCUCUGCCUCGCUAAUAGGUGAACAAGGAAUCUUGCCUGACGUGACCUUUAACCCGAUGAAAGUGAUGGAAGACGCCAUGCUGGAGCUGACAGACAAGAAGGACUUAUUUGUGGCAUAUAUGUCCAGCAUGAUUGUGGGGGAUCAAGGAGAAUCACUUGCUACACCAGCUGUCAGUGUCAUCUCUGAAAAAGAUGAAAGUGUACCUUCCCGCUCUGACAGACAUAUGGUGAGAAGAAAAGGUCAAUUCCUGCCACCGUAUGUAAAAGUUGCAGACAUGAUGAUCGCCGUUAAAGACACAGAGGAAGCAUCACAGGAGGCUUCAGCAUCACCGGGACAGGAGAAAGAGGAGGAGGAAACAGGACAGGAUGAAGAUGAGCAGGACAAAGAGGAUGUUAAGGUAGAAAAGGAAGGAACAGAGGAGGAGAUGAAUGAAGAAACAGAUAAAGAAGUUGUGAUGGAAGAGGAGGAGGAAGAGGAGACCAAAGAUGCUCAAGUCCUAUUAGUGGAGCUGGAGGCAAUAACACUGGAUGAAAAACAGGAGGAGGAGGAAGAAGAGGAGAUGACACAUAUACAUGAGACAACAAUAGAUGAGGAGGAAGAUGAGGCAACACAUUUAGAUGAGACAACAUUAGAUGAGGAGGAAGAUGAGGAGGCAACACAUUUAGAUGAGACAACAUUAGAUGAGGAGGAAGAAGAGGAGACUACAGCAUUUGAUGCGGAGGGGGAGGAGGCGGACACAACUGAGGAUGAUGAGGAGACCACAACAGUUGAUGAAGAUGAAGAGGCGGAGACAACAGAUGAGGACGAGGAGGAGGACACAACACAAGAUAAGGAGGAUGAGGAAGAUGAGGCCACAACUGAAGACAACAAUGAGGAGGAGACAACAUUAGGUGAGGAGGUGGGGGAGGCUGACACAAUCGAGGAGGAUGAGGAGACCAUAAUAGUAGAUACAACAGAUGAGGAGGAAGUGGAGGAGGACACAACACUAGAGGAGGAGAAAGAUGAGGAGGCCACAGCUGAAGAUGACAAUGAAGAGGGGGAGGAGACAACAUCUCAAGAUGAGGAGGGAGAGGAGACAACAUUAGAGGAGGAGGGAACGGAGGGGGCUGAGGCAGACACAACCGAGGAAGAUGAGGAGACUAUAACAAUAGAUGAAGAAGAGGAGGAGGAGGAGGAAGAUGAGGAAACCACAACUGAAGAUGACAACGAGGAGGAGGAGGAGGAGACACCACCUGAAGAUGAUGAGGGAGAAGAGGAGCCAACAGGAAUAGAUAUUGAGGUGGCGAUCACAACUGAACAUCAUCAGGGGGAGGAGACAACAAUCAUAGUAGAUGAGGAAGAGGAGGAUGAAGAGGACGACCUCACAACUAAAGAUGAUGAUGAGGAGGCCAAGACAACACCUGUAGAUGAGGAGGAAGAGGAUGAUGAGGACACAAUAACAGUAGAUGAAGAUGAGGAGGAGGAGGCCGAGACAACACCCGUAGAUGAUGACGAUGAUGAGGAGGAGGAGAUUACAACACAAGAUGAGGAGGAAGAAGAGACACCUUUAGAUGAUAGUAUGGAGGAGGAGACAACAACUGAGGAGGAGGAGAAAGAGGAGGCCACAAUUGCAGAAGAAGAAGAGCAGGAGGAAGAAGAGGAGGAGGCCACAACAGAAGAUGAUGAGCAGGAGGAGGAGAUAUUAACAACAGAUGAAGAUGAGGAGUCCACAGCAAUAUCAGACGACCAAAAUGAGGAGGAGCCGAUAAUAACCGAAGUUGAAGACAGAGAGGAGGAGGAGAAUAAAAAAAAGUCUUUCAUCACAGACGAUGAGAAGGACCAAGAUGAAGAUGAAGUGGAGCCUUCAUUCCACAAAGUUGACAUUGAACUGACAUCUGCGGAAAGCAAUCCCAGACCAACAUCUGAUGACGAUAACGAUAUUGACAAAGAAGCGCAGAGUCUAUCUGCAGUUAAUGACCAAAACAAAUAUGGCGACACGACGGAUGACGCCGAUGAAAACAACAACAACAGCGAGAGCGGAAAAGUGGAGCCUAAAGGAAGGAGGAGGCUUCACAAACAUCUCAGCAAACACAACAAAGUUGUGGAAGAGGCUGGGAAAAGAGAGGCACUUGAAGAAGUUAAAGUUAGACUUAAAGAUCUUUUAAAAGAUGAGAAAAAAGACGCCAAACUUGAGAAAUCCAUCAAAAACAAAGCAAGAGAAGAAAAACCAAAAGAGACUAAAGCUGCAAAGCCAACGAUGGACAAAUCCAAAGAAGAAACCUUGAGGAAGAAGCCAACAAAGGAGCCCAAAGUUGAAGCAAAGUCCAUCAAAGAGAAAAUAAAAACACCUUCUGUGGUGGCGGUCUCCAGAGUUAAGAAGCUGGGAAUGAAGAGAACAACCACCGAUGACAGAAAGUCUCCAAUUGCUCUGAAGAAACCUACCAAAGAGGAGAAAAGAGAGAAGGAACAUCUCUUGAAAAAACAAGACAAAGAAAAGGAACUUAAACUUGACAAGAAAGAGGUCGAAAAAUCUCUCAAAGAACCUUCCAUAAAGGAGAAGGAAAUCAUGAAAGCUUUGAAAGAAGAGAAAGAGGCCACAGAAACGCCUAAAGACAAGAUAGACCAGAAGGUAAAAGAAGACAAGAAAAUAAUUAAAGCCAAGGAAGAGGUCAAGAAACCUCCUAAAGAACAACGAGAGGUCGGGGAACCAUCCAAAGAAGAAGCCAAAGAGGUCAGGAAAUCUCCCAUACAACAAGAAAAAGCUGAAGAACCCCCCAAAGAAGAAUUCAAGAAAGAGGUCAGAAAACCACUUGAAGAAGAGGAGGCGGAUGAGGAAACACCUCAGGAAGACAUCAAAGAGGUGAGCGACAUUAGGAAACCUCACAGAAAACUGAGAGCCAUCAAGAGAUUACUCAAAGAAGAGGGCAAAAAACAAUCAAGAGAUGUUAGAGAAGCCAAGAAACUUCCUUUAGAAGUCCAAAAAGCUCUCAAAGAAGAGAACAUCACAAAGGAACGUCCCAAAGAAGAAAUAAAAGUCAGAAAACCUCCAAAAGAGGAGAAACGUGUCAGGAAACUCAAACCAUCAACAGACGGUAAAGACGACAAGAAGCUUCCCCUCGGAGAGGUCAAGAAAGAGAGAGAGAAAGUCAUAAAAGAUCAUCCCAAAGAAGAAAUCCAAGUCCAGAAGCCUCCCAAAGUGGAGAAACAAAUUAAGAAACUUGUCAUACCAUCAACAGACGGUAAAGACGACAAGAAGCUUCCUUUAGGAGAAGUCAAGAAAGCUGUGGGAGUAGAGAAAGUCAUAAAAGAACAUCCCAAAAAAGAAAUCAAAGUCAAGAUAAUUCCCAAAAAAAUGACUAAACCUUUCAAACCAGCAAGAGAAACAAAUGUCUCUUCAUCGGAACCAAAGAAACCACAAGACCUCAAAGGUACCAAAAUCAAGAGAGACGCCAAGCGGGAUAUAUUCAUCACAAGACUUUUAAAAGCAGAAGCCAAACAACUUACAGAAGAAGAUGACACAAAACCAAAGACAGCAUCCAAAGACGAGAGAGAACUGAAGAAACCUCAUGAAAAAGAGGAAGACCUCAUCAGAAGACCUUCCAAAGAUGAUAAAGAAGAUCUCAAGAAACCUCCCAUACAAGACAAACACAUAAAAGAGCUCACCAAAGAAAAGGAGGAGGACACCAGGAAACACCUUAAAGAAGAGAAACUAAAGACAGAAGACACAAAGGCCUCCACUCUGGAGAAAGAGGAAAAGAAGCCUCAUGAAGAAGUCAAGAGAUCUCUCUUAAAAGAAACAACUCGAGUAGAGAAAGAAUACAAGAAACCAUCUCAGGUGAAAGAAGAGAAGAAACCUGCUAAAGAAGAGGAGAAGAUUUUAACCAAAGAAGGGAAGAAACCUCUUAAAGAAAAGGAGAAGAUUCCACCCAAAAAAGAGAAGAAACCUUUGAAAGAAGAAGAGAGAAUUCCACUCAAAGAAGAGAAGAAACCUUCAAAAGAAGAGAGGAUUCCAUUCACAGAAGAGAAGAAACUUCUUAAAGAAAAAGAGAAAAUUCCACCCAAAGAAGAGAAGAAACCUCCUAAAGCAGAAGAGAGGAUUCCGUCCAAAGAAGAGAAGAAACCUUCAAAAGAAAAAGAGAGAAUUCCACUCAAAAAAAAUAAGAAACCGUCAGAAGAGGAGGAGAGGAUUCCACUCAAAGAAGAGAAAAAACCUUCAAAAGAAAAGGAGAAGAUUCCAUCCAAUGAAGAGAAGAAACAUCUUAAAGAAAAGGAGAAGAUUUCACCCAAAGAAGAGGAGAAACCUUCAAAAGAAGAAGAGAGAAUUCCACUCAAAGAAGACAAGAAACCUUUGAAAGAAAAGGAGAAGAUUCCAUCCAAAGAAAAGAAACCUACGAAAGAAGAGGAGAAGAUUGCACCCAAAGAAGAGAAGAAACCUUCUAGAGAAAAGGAGAUGAUUCCACCCAAAGAAGAGAAGAAACCUUCUAAAGAAGAGGAAAGGAUUCCCCUCAAUGAAGGGAAGAAACCUUUGAAAGAAAGGGAGAGGAUUCCCCUCAAAGAAGAGAAGAAACCUACGAAAGAAGAGGAGAAGAUUGCAGCCAAAAAAGAGAAGAAACCUUCUAGAGAAAAGGAGAUGAUUCCACACAAAGAAGAGAAGAAACUUUUGAAAGAAAAGGAGAGGAUUCCCCUCAAAGAAGAGAAGAAACCUACGAAAGAAGAGAAGAUUGCACCCAAAGAAGAGAAGAAACCUUCUAGAGAAAAGGAGAUGAUUCCACCCAAAGAACAGAAGAAAUCUUCGAAAGAAGAGGAGAAGAUUCCUCUCAUUGACGACACGAAACCUUCUAAAGUAAAGGAGAAAAUUCUACCGAAAGAAGAGAAGAAGCCUCUGAAAGAAAAGGAUAAGAUUCCACCCAAAGAAGAGAAGGAAAGUCUUAAAGCAAAGGAUAAGAGUCCACCCAAGGAAGAGAAGAAACCUACAAAAGAAGAGAAGAUUCCACCCAAAGAAGAGAAGGAAAGUCUUAAAGCAAAGGAGAAGAUUCCCUUCAAAGGACCAAACACACCCCUCAAAGAAGAUGAUAAAGAUAAAGUGGAGGAGACGAAACCUUCCACUAGGAAAGAAUUAAGGAGACCAUCUAAAGAAGUUAGACAGCUCUCAGUAGAGAAGAAACUGACCAAACCUUCCAAGCAGGACGAGGAAGACAAAGAGAAGAAAGAACCUGAAGAGAAGAUGCCUACAGAGAAGAAGGAAAUCCCAGGGAAGCCAUUAAAGGAAGAAAAAGCCAGUGAAACAAAGAAAGUAUCAAGAAAGAUCCUCAAAGAAGCUGCAGAACCAGCGACAGCGCCUACGACACCUCUCAGGACUCAUGGAUUUGUCAGAAGGCAUCUCAGAGAAGAGAAGGACGAAACUGCUGCUGCUUCAAAAGACCAGCCAGAAGAAACACCAGAGAAGACCAAAGAAGACAAAGGACUGAAGAUCAAAGAAACAAAACAACCAGAAAAUGAUAGCAAGAAGGACAUUGUUUCCAAAGAAGCCAAGAAGGCCUCUAAACAAGAACCAAAGGAACCCUUAAAGGAAGAAAAGGACGUUAUGAAACCAUCCAAGAAGGAAGAUAAAGACGAUGAACCGAGGGUGGUCUCUAAAGAACAUAAAGUGGUCACCAAAGACAAAACAAGGACCUCUGUCAAAAAGGACAAAGAGGAUAAGAAGACUGCUAAAGAAGAACCUGUGAAGACAGCCGCAAGAACCAUAAAGAUCGAGAAGACCACCAGAGCAUCCAUUUUGAAGAAGGAACAUGUUAAUGCGACAAAAGCAGCUGAUGAGCCCAAGAGACCACUAAGGCUGCUGAGAGUGUCCAAAAAGCAAGUCGCCCCCAUCUUGAAAAAGGAACAUAAGAAUGUAACCAAAACAGAGGCCCCACAGGUUCCUAAAGCAACAGCCAAAGCAGAAGCUACUAAGAAAGAGGCACCAAAGGAGAAGGUUGGAAUAACUCCUGCCAAGAAAGCUCCUCCAAAGGAGAAGCUCCAACCUGUCAUCACGAAAAAAGAACAAGAAGGUCCGUCAAGAAACGCCUCUUUGCUGAAAGAAAGAGUCAAAAUAGUACCAAUGAAGAGAGUUGUUACAAGGCCAACCAAGAAAGCCCAGGACGUUUCGCCUAAGACUUCAGUAGAAGACGUCCAACUGAAGCCAAAAGCAGUUGUAACAAAAAUAGAACCUGCCCCACUUAAGACAAAGCGGGCUACAACUGCUAAAGGAGUCCACAACUCAAUACAAAGGCCUGAAAAUACGUGUCACAGGAACCCUAUUGGACUCACGCAGUGUACUAACAACACGCCAUAUUAUGCAGUGGCUGCCCAUAAAAAUGCGUCUCUCACCAAAGAGAAAGUGAAAGUGGUGCCAUUGAAGAAAGCAGAUGCUACAAAGGAAAAGACCAACACUGCUGAGGAAAAGAAAGUGUCUUCAGAAGCCGAAGCUGAUGCAAAGCGGGAAAAGGCCACAUCACUCCUAAAGACAAAAAAGCAAGAAGCCUCAAAAGAAAACGUCAAGCCUGCAGCAAAGAAAAAAGUAGAGGCUGAGCUGGCCAAGGAGGCCAAAGCUGCAGCAGCAAAGAAAGCAGAAGCAGAGCUUGCAAAGGAAGCCAAAGCUGCGGCAGCAAAGAAAGAGGCUGAGCUUGCAAAGGAGGCCAAAGCUGCUGCUGCUGCAAAGAAAGAGGCUGAUCUUGCAAAGGAAGCCAAAGCUGCUGCUGCUGUAAAGAAAGCAGAAAAGAAGACAGCCAAGGACGAAAAACCGAAGGAAGACAGAGUUCUUAAGGAGAUACAGGAGCCGGUGAAGAAAAACAAAUCUGCAAAAGAGGAGAAAGCAAAAGCAGAUUCUGAGGAAUAUCUGAUGGAAGACGAUAUGCCAUACUUCCAGUGUUUCUUCGUGGAUGAGGACGAAGCCCAGUUUCCCUUCUAUGCCUUCUCACCGCUGCAGAUAUAAAGGAUGGGGGGUCAUUUUCAACGAGUUGGGUGGACCCGUUCUUAUUUGACUUCACAUUUGGUUGAGCUCUCGUACCAAACAGCUAAUGGCAUUCCUUUUCUUUAUUUUAUUUAUUAUUUGAUUUGAUUUGAACUUUAAUUUCAUAUUUUUUUGGUUUAUUUUUGUACUCUAUUUUUCUCACAACUCACUUUUUGGAUGGGAAAAAAAUGGUGGAAAUACACAUUUUCCAUCCACAAUCCCAUCCCAUACACGUAGGGAUUGUCUAUUUUUAUUACUUUCCCGUCAUAAGGAAUGACCGUACUUACGUAGUAUUUGAGAGCUCCCAAAUAUCAUGAUGGAAAACUACCUACAUUUGAACACCGAUGUCGGCGACUGAUUAAAAAUGAACUACUUUCAGUUCAUUUUGACUGUUUCCUUCGUAAAUAGACCAAAGAUGCACUACUGAUGUAUAUUACAAGAACAACAAAAAGAUCAAUUCUGAACUCCAUUCAGAUUCGGCCUCUUUUAAGCCUGCAUGAGAAACCAGGUUUCUUUCUCAAAAGAGGCCUGAACGCUCAAGUAAAAGCGUGUUAAAUACAUCAUAUCGGCACCGCAUUUCACGUGAUGAAACUACGAUUGCGAUUGUGUGGUAGUGUGAAGUGGUGCAUUGUUUACACUGAGCCAGACUGAGACAGCUGUUGUUUAUGGAGUUUUUUCAAUGUACUUCCAUAUGUUGCUGUGUGGAUGACAGUUAAAACCAGGGUGAAAUGCUAAUCCUAAACUGACACACACAUACUGUAAAUCCACUUUUUUUUUUU